UGCCUUGGUGAAGAAGAAAAAGAAAAAGAAAAAGAAAAAGAGGUGUCUUGAAGAAAAAGCUAAAGAAAAAAAUUGCACUAGAUAUGAAUAUGCUAUUCAUGUAAAUUGCAGAUAUUGAAUCGAAGACCAUUCCUGACGAAUCAACAAUGGUGCUAUGGGAAAUUACAUUAGCAACAGCGUAUUUCUUAGGGUUGAAGAGGACGUACAGGCAUGCUCUUCGUAUCCAGCGUCGUCUUGUUAGCCCUAACUAUCCCACAGUCCGUCAAUUUCUUCACAGCAAAACACGAACCGUAUUUGAUGUAACACUGAAAGUUCACCGCGAGGUUCAAAAGAGAGACAUUGAAGUUGGCCGGAAUUUGGGAAACUGGAUUCUCCAGUGGCUUGACAGGAUGAAACCAGCGGCUCAAAUUCAAGCAGGCGGUCCGAUUCAAUACACCAGUAAUACAAUGAGAAUACCAAGCAAGCGGUUGAGUGAUUAUCGACGCCAGAUAACUGCACCAGCAGGGGUUUGGUAUCAGGAAUCUAGAAAGCGUUUGGCUACCUCGUCGAGGAACCUUUUGCUUACGGCCUACCCGACUGUGUCAAGACUUUUGAGGCGUCAAGUGCCUGUUACGAGUAAUAUGCAGUAUCGACAGUUAGUGUCCAGUGGUAAUGGUUUUACGAAGGGAGUGAUUCGCGAUGAUAUAAUGCAGUGGUUGAGUCGUGGGUAACUUUUGUUCGGCCCCAAAUGUUUUGAGUAGUUGACACGGUUUGUUUUUUGGGGUUUGAAAUAACGCGAUUGUUGUUUUGUAAAUGAAUCACUUUUAGCGUUUGAACGGUAUUUUAGUAGAGAACGCGGUUAAGGAAAUAGUCUUCCUGUAAAAGUAUCACACACAUAACUGAUAUUUUAUGGGUUUGUGUUACUUUAAUUAGGGCUUUACAAUGA